AUGGCCAACCUCUGCGCCUUCCGUAACUGCGUCAACGUCGCGAUUGCCGACGCCGGUGGCAAGUGCGAGUACCAUAAAGACCGCAAGAUGUGCUCCCGUGACGACUGCCAAAACCAAGUGUACGCCCGCAACCUCUGUGUGCGUCAUGGUGGCAAGAAACCGUGCGCGUUCGAAGGCUGCCUCUCGUACGCCAAGGGCGGUACCUUCUGCCUCAAGCAUGGUGGCCAGUGCGACCGCCGCCUCUGCUCCGUCGAAGGCUGCGCCAAGCAAGCCCAUGCGCGCCAGCUCUGCGUCCGUCACGGCGGUGGUCGGUCGUGCAAGAUCCCAUCCUGCGCCCAGCACGUGCGCAUGGGCGGGUACUGUCAGCGCCACUACCGCGAAAGCCUUGCACUGCGUGAACAAGCUACGACGGCCGCGGACGCGAACGGCUUCGACUUCGACUACAUGCUGCUUUCGCUCCUCAUCGACCGCGAAGCGUGGGAGCCGCUCGACUUUGACGAGGCGACGACCUGCCACGAGAUCAAGGACGAAGAUUGGUCGCUGCUGCAAAGCCUCGACAACGUCGAGAUCGCCCCGUAGCUUCCUUGCCUCGCAACUUGCAUGCCAUUCCAUUGCAUCACCCCUAUUUUAUGAGCCCUAGCGGCAUUCAAUUUAUAUAAUCCCAAUCACA